AUGGGGAGGCUGCUGAGUAUGAAAGAUUUUGAGGGCAAAGCAAUUCGACCUCGUUCGUCCUACCUUGAUAUUUUUCUUCAGGUUGCUAGUGUUCUUCAGAAUAAGAAACUCAAGCAAAGUAUGGAGAAAAGUACUCAUUUGAAAACCAAGAUGGCCGGUAUUGGGUUUAAAGAACCCAUUUUCAUGGUAGGGAAAGAGACUUAUGCAAAGGGACAAAAAUUUAUGAACUCUGUUUUUGAAUCUGUGAGGAAGAUUGGUGGGUCAAAAAGAAAGGGUUUUGACAAUUUUGACGAUCAUGAAAGGGGUUUUCAAUUCAAGAAGCAGAAGAUGGAUAUGGGUAGUACCUCCGAGGCUAAAGAACCAAAUUCGUCAGUCGUAAAAGAAUUGAAGGUGGAUGCGUUAUACUCAGUUAGCACAAUAAAGACAGAAAAUUCUUUGCCUAGGGCAAACUGUAUAAUGAGUUUUGAUAUUAAGAAGAAGAGUGCUAAUGGUGAUGAUGAUAAACAAUGGGGUUUGAGGCCGAAGCCGAAGAAUAUCAAAUUGAGGAAGCCAAAGAAGGAGAUCACAACACAAAUUAUUGAUGCUAACGGCUUGCCUGAAGAAUACAAGAGAAAGAUUGAAAAUUUUGAUAAGGCUAAGGCGACUUUGGUGAUACAGAAGGAGUUGACCAAGACUGAUUUGUCACGUACCGCUUGCCGGUUGUCAAUGCCUAUGAACCAAAUCAAACCGGAGAGUUUUCUGAAUGCAGAUGAGAUAAAGUUUCUUGCAAAACAAAAUGACUGGCCAGUUUCGGUUAUAGAUCCCCUACUUGAAGAAGAAGAUCUAACCCUGAGGCAGUGGAACAUGGAAAAGAAAACGGGUAAGACGAGCUCAAGCUAUGUGUUGAAAACACGUUGGAAUGAAGUUGCCGAUAAAAACAAUCUCAAGCAAAAAGAUGUAGUCCAAGUUUGGUCAUUCCGGGAUGUGGGAAACAACCUUCACUUUGCUAUUGUUUUGGUUAAGAAGGGUGAGAGAAAGGGUGGUGAACAUAGUAGUAGUCGAGGGUAUAGCCAGCCGCCUUCGCUAUCAACAACACCGCGUGAUAUUGUUGAUGGUGAAAGAAGAAGUGGUAGUGGUCAAGGAACAGAAUCAAAGGAAGAAGGGAUGAUAGGAGUUAAUAGCAAUGUUGAGAGUAAUAGUGAGAGAAGUACUAUGAGCAAUGGGUCUAAUGAAAACCAUGAAAGUUUAAGCCAGACAUAA